AUGCCUAUGAAAAGAAGACGUGCACCGAAUUCGAAGUUGCCAAAGGUAAACUCGAAGGAAAAAUUAACGACAGCAGAACUUAAACUAAGAUUACAAUCAUUGAAAAAACGCAGUGCUGCCUUAGAUAAGGAAAUUGAAGAAUUACGAGCUAAAGGUGUAACUGAAGAUUUGCAACCUGAGAUGAAAGCAUUGCACGAUUAUAACGACAUUAAGGAUGUUACUCAGAUGGUUUUGGGAGUUUUAGCUGAUGAAGAACAGUGCACCGUAGGCUCUCUUCAUAAGAAGUAUAAUUUACCUUUAGAGUGA